GUUGGGUUAGUGAAACUGGCCACGGCCCAUCGUUACCGUAUCAUAACACCACCUGUUAUGGAAUAGGAACAUAGGUCACCGGGAGUCCACCCGUAUCCGGCAACUAAACUAUCGCCUAUUUUGACAGAAACAAGUGUUCCGGGCAACGGGGGCAACUGGAGACUUGCCAAGGAAACAAAAUCACAUGUCAUGGUGACCCAAGAGUUAAGCCUUGCGACGUGUUGUUGUUAAUGUGACUGCUGUCAAUGAAUAAGGGCCAAGGGCAAGGCUUGAGGACUUUCCUACCUUGAAAUGAAACGCUUCGAAUUGCUUUGUUGGUCUAGAAGACGUAACAACGGAAUGGCGAGUUGACAUCCGCCGGACAUUUGUUAACUCUCAUUAGUAGGAGGAAUGCCGGAACCUGACUCAUAGUUGACGUCAACUGCUAGAUAUUUAAAUUACCUUAAACAGAACAAGUACAUGACAAGUGGACACCGAAAAAGUCUGUCUCAAGAUCACCACACAACUACAAGGACUACCCGAUUACUCUAGAUGAAGGUAAUCCAGUUGUCAUAUUCUCUGAAGAAACAACUUCAGGCGUUGUAAAGUGUGUGUUGAAUGUCUGAGUAUGUGUACAACGCCGGAAACUUUGUGACGAGGACUACUAUUUAUUGUUUGGAACUAUCAGAGUUCUAUGAAAUAUCUUAACGGUUAACAAGACUAUCUGCACUGAAGACUGUGCGACUGCCAAGCAAACAGAACUUGAGACGUUAUCUCAUCAUCUUGUAUAACAUCGUUCGGCACAACGUUUUUGUCUCUAGCGGGAGAUCAGCCAUACUUUUCGGACAGGUUUAUGGCGCAGUAAGUCUUACUACUGUGGUAAAUGUUUACUGAACGUCUAUGUAUGGAUUCAGAGUCUAUAAGCCCUGGUAUUAACUUCUAUACAAGACUAUAAAGACCUAUUAAGCUGAGGCAACAUGGCCGUUCUUCGUACCAACGUCUCCACGAAGCGAGGAAUCAACAGAGACUUUGUAUCGUGGUGGAUGCUAAGUUUGGCAGGGUGUUUGCUAAUGGCGUGUGUACACAGCUCUCACAUCAGAAGGGGAAGGGAGUUUUAUGCCCAAGCCGGGGAGGUGACUCUCGGCGGUUUGUUGUCGGUACACGUUAAUGGCGGCAGCGGGGCGUUCUGUAGCGUGCUGAGGGAGUCGGGCGCUAUACAGCGCAUGCUCAGUAUGGCGUACGCUGUGAACGAGGUCAACAGCAGAGACGAUCUCCUUCCCAACGUUACCUUGGGGUUCGCCAUAUACGACGAUUGUUCUACAGAAACGAUGGCACUCGUAGAGACGCUAAACUUUAUUUCAACGGAAGGCUUAGACAACAGAUGCACGGGGACAGCGUAUCCUAAUUUGAUAGGAGUUGUAGGAGCAGAAAACAGCGGUUCUACCAGAAUGGCGGCUGAGCUACUCGGACUUUUUCACCUACCAAUCAUAAGCCACUUUGCCACCAGUGACGUUUUGAACGACAUGUCCUUGUUCCCGACAUUCUUUAGAACUGUCCCUCCAGAUAGGCUACAAGCCAAGGCUAUUAUAGACAUCCUGGUGUACUUUGAAUGGACAUACGUUUCUCUGGUUUACUCUGACGACACCAGUUACGGGAUAGAGGGAAUGAGAAAGUUACAGAAGGAGGCUGAAGACGCCUCAGUGCAGAUCUGUUUUGCGGAGAUCAUCAGUGUGACGGCACUGGGGACGGACUAUGACGACGUCAUACGGCAGCUACGGAGAGACAGGAACGUCAAAGUCGUCGUCAUGUUCAGCAACUUCUUUGACGCAAACCAGGUUUUUGCAGCGGCGAAACGUAACAACGCCACAGAAGAGUUUGUGUGGGUCGGUAGUGACGGCUGGGGAGUAAGUGUAGAGGAAAUCAAGGGGCAAGAGGAUGCUGCGCUGGGCGCACUCACGGUCGUACCGUACUCCUGCCCUGUCGAACGAUUCGCCAACUAUCUCAAGACACUCACCGUGGACAAGGAACCGAACAAUCCUUGGAUAGGCGAGAUCUUAGGUAACAUGUCAUUCAGCGUCGUACGUAACGACAACGUGGUCUCGCCGGUGUUCAACGCUGUCAACAUGUUCGCGCAUGCGCUGGACGAUAUGCUUCGCACAGGAUGUCCAGGCGUGCCGACCGGAUGUAACAUCACAGGUGGUUUAACAUGCGAUUUCUUAAAGACUCUAACGGAACACAUCCGGAACGUUAGUUUUGUGGGAGAGUGUGGGUUUGAACUGAAGUUCCACCACGGGGAGGUCGUUGGAAGAUACGCGCUGCAGAACCUACAGAGGAGGACGGACGGGACGUACGAGUACGUGCGCGUUGGGAUGUGGGAUAUCGACGAUGAUGACGUCUCCGUCAACAGAAGUCUGAUCUACUGGAACCUGAAGGACGAAAGGUAUAAUUGGACGGGGUACAGCGAAGAAGACACCACAGAAAUAUUUGGCCCAGUUAGCCGCACCAGGACCAUAGUAAGCGCCUUGGAGCAGACCCCGGAGUCCAUCUGUAGCCACCCGUGUGAUUACGUGGCCGGGUACGUCACCGUCCCCAGUAAGGACAGCGCCUGCUGCUGGACAUGCUCGGAGUGCCGGAGUAACGAGAUCGUCACGAACGUCGGCAUGCCCACAGAGACGUGUACGGCAUGUAACGACGAGGAGUCUAUUGAAAUUCAAAACUUCACGUGGCCGGACCCGGAAGACCGGACCAGAUGUUUACCAAUACCCGCCACACACCUGAACUGGCAUGACGGCAUCGCCAUCCUCUUGGUCGUCCUGGCCUGCCUGGGAUUGGCCCUCACCAUGGCAACCCUGGUCACAUUCACCAUCAACAACGAACACAAGCUCAUCAAAGCUUGUAACAGAGAGCUUUCCUAUAUCAUCAUCCUGGGCGUAAUGCUGGAGUUCGUGGUGGUGUUCUGUUUCGUGGCGGAGCCGACCCCCGGGACCUGUACCACCACCAGACUGCUCUUCGGUCUCAACUUCACUCUCAUCUACGCACCGCUCGUCACCAAAACCAACCAGGUGUACCGUAUCUUCCGGAGUGGAAGAAGAUCCGUGAAGAGACCGAAGUUCAUCAGCAGCCAGGCACAGGUCGUCAUCGCCUGUGUGCUCAUGGUCGUUCAGGUCAUACUAACGUGCAUGGGGUUCAUCCUGGUGUCGCCGACGUCAGUGAAGAAGGACAUGCCGGUACUUACAGAGAAGCUUGUGGAACUGCAAUGUGAACAGCACGUGUACGAACUGGUGGCCACCCUGGUCUACAACGUGCUACUGGUGCUGGUGUGCACGUACUACGCUAUCAUCACCAGAAACCUGCCAGACAACUACAACGAGUCCCGCUUCAUCAGCUUCCAGGUCUACACCACCCUGGUGAUCUGGCUGGCGUUCGUCGCGACGUUCUUCACCGCCAAGUCCGCCCGCUACCGAACAGUCUACUCCUGCAUGGCCAUGAUCCUGAACGCCUUCACCACCCUCAUCUGCUACUUCUCGCCAAAGCUCUACGGGGUGUACUUCGUGAACCAGAGUGACAUGAACGUCCAGGGUACGUCCAUGAGAAACCCUACGGUGACAACACCGGAGGGUACGGUUCCAGAGCGUCCUGGUUCCAUCACCGGAGUCAACUUCUCACCGGCAGUUACCCGGCCUCAGGCUGCUAGCUUCUCGGCGGCCAUGGAACACGCCCAAGACGGCCAAGUCCAAAAGAGCGACGCCAUGGCCAACGGCACAGAAAACGACAUCAAAAAAGUUGUCAACGGAACAAUAGAUUUGGACGACGUAGAAGGAACCGACAACGACGCCACUAUCAUCGUGAACGGCACGUGCACCACGGAUGACUCACCAGACCCCAGCUACGUGAAGUCACGGGUGGUCAUCAAAGAAAUGGAGGGGACGCAAGUCUAAGGCCAUCGAUAUCUAUAAUUGAUAUAGUCCCCGCUGUGGUUACUAACAACCCAGUAACCCUUAAUUCACGAAGCCGUAUGACCACAUAUCAUGACAUACCUCUCAUGUAGGUCGGACAGUUUCUACGACUCUAUACCAUAGGUCAGAUACGGCCCCAACAAGACUAUGGGGUCCAUGGGCAGGUCACGAUAGAGGAAGAAGACUACAGUUUGUCUGAAAAGCAGUGUUGUUACUAGUUAGACUGAAAGUCAACCUGUGCACGAACAUAGUUCAAAACUAAACUUUGUCCCAACACAAGUAAGAAUAUCGGAUUUUCAACUGUCCUACUAAAGUCGUUUUCAAAUUUCAUGACCAAUCAUCAGGGCACCAUCGGCGGGUAGUAUAAACUUCCUGACACAAAUUACUGACAUCAUGUGUGCGUAAGGUCACGUGACAUAGGUCAUUGGUCAGUUUGUUCUGAAGAAGACUGUAGAAGGAUAGUUGCGAUUCUGUGUUAAGUCAGUUUUAGCUCUGUACUAUGUUGUUGACUUGUUUGGUGUCUAUGCUGAACUCAUCUGCAGCACAUGUACGUCAUCAUCGUCAAAAAGAUGAGUGGUGUUUGACGUGUUUAUGACAAUUGUAAUGCAAACCACCGCAAAGACCCAAGCCGUAACUAUCUAUCGAAGGUGUCUGUGAGCCUGCUUGUGGUGAUGGCAGUUUGCGUGACUUCUUGUCCACAGUAUGUAAGCAAAUAUCUGCACUGCUCGCAAGUUGGUCAAGCAAAAUCUGGGUUACGAUGCAAGUGUAUUUUUAUGUACAGAUCUAGAAUUUUACUUGGAAUGUAAUACAUAGAACCUCAACGGCAGAACUAAAUCCGGUGUUCUUGUAAAAAAAUUAAAUCUGGUAGAUGAGGCUCUUAAAAAGUAUGGAAAUCAUAAUGACUCGAUGUAAAGUUGCGACAGAGGUUCUUGUCCAAUGUUUGGUGUCAAAUGUUGUUACAUCCUUGUCAGCAGGCUGUUGAUGCUUUAAUUGUAAUGUAUAUGCUGCAAUGGAAAGGUUCUAUGAAACCAAAGUAAGCAAAGUGAUAUAGAAGAGUAUGCUGAAAAAUGUAAUUUUCGAACAAAAAAAGGUCACCAGUGAUGGCCAGAAAUACAUGUCUAAUUAAACCAUUUCCCUUAACUUCUGCAAACUAUAUCACAGUGCAUAUCAAGUCUGUUACAAUAAUAUGAAGAUUUGUACAUUGAACUGUGCCAUUGUUGAUAUCAUUGGAGGACCAUUGUUACAAUUUUUCAUUAUAUUGGCCUACUUCCUGUGGCUUCUAGCACAAAGACUUCAUUGAUAUGCAGUUUAUCCAGGUAAAGCUAUAAAGUAUAUAGUCCAAUCAACUGCAGAAAAUAGCAUUCCAUUCAAAGUGUAUAACAUCCAUCUAUAUUCCUUUCUUUACCUUGCCACUUUUGUACCUGGUUUCGACCUAAAUGUAUAUUCUUAUAUCCAUUAUCAUGCAAGUAUCAUAUUCUGAUGUCAGCCAUAUGAUGCAAGUAUUCACUGGGCUGACAUGGUAGGAGUUUGUAUAUGACCUUUGUACAAAGUUAUUACUAAUAUAAGAUGUAAAUGUUUAUCUGAGGAUUGAAGAAUAACAGGGAAGUGCCGUCUUGCUCUGAAGAAAAGAAGCCCACUCAGUGUCUUGUUGUCUUUACUUCUAGAAGGAAUUUUCAAUAUCAUUGAAUAGAUGAAGUCUUAAAUGAAGUUUCAAUACUAAAGAAAAUGUCUCCGCCCCUGAGUCAUUGCCAAAAUGGAGGAUGAGAAUAAAUAAGUUUUAGCUCAUAGAAUCACUGAACACACAUUUGCAGUAGAGAGCCUUGAGAAGUACAGCUCAAACAUAAACAGCAGAACGAGAAGAAAUGCCGUGAAAUAAAUGAGCUGUUUGAUAGAAAGAAAUGUUGUGAAACGAGAUAUAACACAAUCACCCAAGUGAAGACAUGACUGCGCAGAACUCUAAUACACUUUGCUGCAGGAGUGCUUCACUAAACAAGGCAAUUUCUGCAGUAAAGGAACCUCACUGAGCGAGAGAAAAAGCUGUAAGCUCUGAUCUAUGAGCUCCUGUACUGUUCUUGUCAGUUCAAUCGGACUGGACCAAUUUUACAGGUCCACUGCAAUUCAAGACCCAUUGAUUCUACAGUAUCCACAGAGCUCUCUAAUUCAUAAACAUUUCCCUAGAGUUAAGCUUUAAUAUUCGGCCUUGGCUACAAAGGCUUAGUUCCACACUGUAGCCCUCUAAACUAUUGGAAAACUUCAAACACUGCAACAACUGAAUUUAAAAGUUUCCAGCAUCACAGCAGAGAGCGAUGAAGGUGGUGCCAGUGAAUGCAAGAAAUCAAACCAACCAGAAUGCUUUACAGUUGCUUUGCACACUCUAAUUUCCCAAGGGUAUCACGUUUUGAUAAAGUUUAUGAAAAAGCAUAUACAUUGUAUGUCAAAGUUGAGUAAUAGGAAAGGGCAAUGAUCCAUGGGGCAGUUACCUAAUAAAGGUAGUAGAUGCUACAUGUACCUUACACAUCUGACCGAUUACACAAUCUAUCCAGUUGGUUGAGUAACACUUGUAUUGUGCAUCUCAUAACAUGGAUAACUUCAUUGACGUAUCAUGGGGCAUUAUAGGUUCUGCGGAGAAUGGCUUACUGAUUUUACAAGCUAUAGAAGGCUUUGCAAAGCAAUAUAGAGGGCUUGUGAUGGCAAAAUGUGAAAAUCAAAUAUGGCAGCCUUAGCUAUUGGUUCUGCAACUUUUAAUCUAUAACAAAAAAGGUUACAUAUAAUUUCCUCUCUGACAGUGUUAGCAAACUUCAAACCUGAUGUUUGUUGGAGAGUAGACGAUUUUCAACACGAGUUCACUUCACUCACUUCACAAUCUGGUUUAACUGACUCAUGCAAAAAAUGUAUUGAGUAUGCAAUUCAAGAGUGGAAAAGAAAACAAGGCUAUUCACAUUGCAGCAAGAUUCAAGGAAAGUAAAGGAAUUUUCUUUCAUCAAAAUAAUCAAAACAACUAGAAGAUAAAGACAGCAUAAAAUCAACCUCCAAGCCUGCCAACCUGUCAAAUAAGCUAUAACAACAACAACAA